CUAGUUAUCAUUCCCAAUGCUGCCAAUUAUAUAUAGAGCUCUGCUUAUCAUACUAUUCACAUUUCUUAUCAUUUCUUUCCUUCUUCCUUCCUCUUGACUUCUCUGCAACUCUGCAUUUUUCUUCUCCUUUUCACACUUAUUCUUUCUGAAUGCACAAGUUUUCCGUUGACCUUUUGUUCUCAAACAGGUUUCCUAUUCGUCCUGGACUCUUUAGGAUUUACAUACCUUUAGACUUCUCCACUGUCCUUGUGUUUUAAGAUGAUAUUUCUACCGAGCUCUUUGUCUGGAGAGACCAAGCUUCUGUUCAGGUUCUAAAAUUGGUUCUUUUCUUUAUUUUCUCUGAAUUUUGAGGUUUUUUUUGGAGAGCCCAGUUGAUAAAGUUUUGAUUUUGGUGGAGUCUUUUUUGUAUUUUUGGAGAUUUAUAAUAAUUAUUAUUACUUUGGAGAUCUGGUUUUUAUCGUUAGGCCUGAUUUUUUAAGUUUGAAGAAAAAAAUGGAACCUUCAUAUGACCAAAUUAACAGAAAUAUGAAGUCCAGAGAAGAGUAUAUUAUUAUGAGUGCAGUUCUACCUCUGCUGAAACUUCUUUCAGUUACAGCUUUUGGUAUAAUUCUUGCCCAUCCCAAAACUCAACUCGUUCCAAAAGCCACCUUUAAGCUCUUAAGCAAGCUAGUUUUUGCUCUGUUCUUGCCUUGCACAAUCUUCAUUCAUUUGGGAGAGACUAUCACUUUGAAGAAUUUCAUUCUUUGGUGGUUCAUUCCCGUUAAUGUCCUGAUUAGCACUGUCAUUGGUUGUGUAUUGGGAUUCUUGGUAGCCUUAAUUUGCCGGCCGCCUCCAGAAUUCUAUAGGUUCACUGUGAUUGUGACAGCAUUUGGGAACACGGGUAAUCUUCCACUUGCAAUUGUUGGGUCUGUUUGUCACAGCAGUAGUAAUCCCUUUGGUCCGGAUUGCCACCGGACCGGUGUGGCUUAUGUAUCUUUUGCCCAAUGGGUGUCGGUUCUUCUGGUUUAUACACUUGUUUACCAUAUGAUGGAGCCCCCUAUAGAUCAUUAUGAUGUUGUUGAGGAUGAAGGCCGUGAGAUUCGAGAACAUUUGUCCACCAAUGAUCUCAGUAAGCCCCUUCUGGUUGAAGCUGAGUGGCCUGGAAUGGAAGAUAAUGAAACUGAGAACUGUAAGGCGCCUAUUAUUGCAAGGACUUUUGCUAGUGUUUCCAGCAUCUCAGAAAGCAAUAUUUCUGACCAUGUUGAUUCUUUGGAGGAAGGAACUGGAGCAGAACCUAGGAGUCCGAAAUCACUCAGGUGUUUGGCCGAGCCUCGGGUGGUGAGGCGAAUUAGGGUGGUUGCUGAGCAAACGCCGGUCAAGAAUAUCCUCAAGCCUCCUAUGAUUGCUACUUUGUUAGCUUUCCUUGUUGGUAUGGUUCCAUUCUUGAAGUCGAUCGUUUAUGGUGAUGAUGCGCCUCUUUCAUUCAUCACGGAUAGUUUAGAUAUGAUGGCUGCGCCACUGGUGCCUGCAGUUAUGUUGGUUCUUGGAGGAAUGCUUGCCGAGGGUAGAGGUAACAAUGAAUCUAGGCUUGGGUUGAGAACAACCAUCGGUAUCAUUGUUGCUAGACUAGUGAUCCUUCCUAUAAUCGGGAUAUUGGUUGUUUGGCUGGCUGAUGAACUGAAAUUCUUGAUCGCCGGGGAUCAAAUGUACAGAUUUGUGCUCCUACUGCAAUAUACAACACCGAGUGCAAUCUUAUUUGGUGCAGUAGCUAGCUUGAGGGGUUAUGCUGUUGGUGAAGCUUCGGCAAUUCUUUUCUGGCAGCACGUCGUUGCUGUCUUUACUGUAUCGUUAUACAUCAUCAUCUACUUCAAGCUUUUACUUUCGUAUGUCAGAAUUUGAUUAGAAUCAUUUUGCUGGAUCACUUUGAGAACGCUCUCCCUCAAGGGAAUCGGCCGGCAUUUGCAACUAUGAAGUACAACUACAAGGUCAAGUAUGGAGUGCAAGGAAGGAGGAUCUAUCUCACAAAGAAAUUGCAAUGGCUAGAACUCCUUGCUGCAGAUGCAGAUCUCUCCCAAUCCUGAAACCAGGCGAUUCGCAGAUGGAGACCGUCUAAGGACACCGGAAUGAACUAGUAAGUAGUACAGUCAUAGAAUAGGUAGGCAUCGAUGCUUGAAGCACUUGUAGUUGCCUAUAUGCUGUAUCAUUAAUUAAACUUUCAUAAUUGGUCAUUCAUAAGAAGCAAAACCUUUUGAGAAAACUGUCACUUCACAUAUGAUUUUAGAUGUCUUUCUGACUUGCAUAACUUGACCAUUCCGUCAGUGUGGAUUAUACCAUUUUCCUCUCUGAAUAUGGUUCCCAUUGACAUCACAGUUGAUUGUUUUUACUUACUAUUUAAGCAGCAUAAUGGUGAAGUAGUUUUCGGCUAUGUUACCCGGACUCUUCUAUUUGGGGAGAAUACCCGUGUCAUGUUGUGUCGACACUGGUGUGGGGAUGAGUGUCGGGUGUGACAUUUUAGCCUAAAAUGUCCAAGAUUUUUAAAAUAUUGACGAGUCGGACACUCAGAUCCCCGCACCCGAUACGACGCCCAUAUCCGAGUCCAGGUGAAAACUCAACCCGGUGACCUAUAUAACUUGGAUGAUAUCCCCUUAAAAGUGUGGAUCUACUGAGGCUUGGAGGAGGCAGACUCCGAAGAUAAGUGCUACUUUAAUCGGCAAAAUCUUCCAACAACUUUACGUCUUGCCAAAUUGUUCCUUCAAAUCUAUGCUUAUAACUUUCCCAGUUCCAUUUGGAAAACUGUGAUUCAAAAGAAAGCUAAUUGUUCUGAUUGAAAUUUUGUUCUGAUUGCAGUCUGGUCCUCAGACUGCAACACGUGCUGGACAUCUAUGAAAGCAAUGUGUUGAUUUGGUCUUUUUCUUCAUUUAAGGAAUUGUUGUAAUAGUAUGUGGUUCUGGCACAUUAAUUUGUUUGCCCUGUCAGUCCCAUGUUUGGAGUGUCUUACAAUGAAAUAAGACUCCGUUCCUUAGAACCUUUAGAACCAUUUUGGGGGCAAUUUGGCUCUUCCAUCAGACCGAUCACUAGAUUUUUGUACCCAAUGCCCACUGUCUACGUUGACAUCAACUAAUCAG